CAAAAAGUGUGAAAAAAAAGGAGGAAGGCCCGACGUGGAAGUCGUCGGUUUGAGCGCCGUGCGGUCGGUCGUUUUAAAGUCCAUUUUUACGAGUGUUUGGGGUUCUCCUCGCCUUCCAAAAUAAAUCACACUUGUUCUUUUUUUCUGUGAUUCAUUGCAUUUCGGGCCUUUUUCCUUGCGCAUGAAUUCCGAAAUUUGUGAUCGCAAGCAAGUCUCCAAAAACAACUUCCGAACUUUGGAUUUUAAGGGAUUAAAAAAAAACACAUUGACAAAUACAAGGUCAAUCCAUUCUACCUCGUGCACCUUCUUCGCUCGUUCCCAUCCUUGGCAAAAUCCCGUUCCAACGCUCGAUCGCAACCCGCUAUGACAUUUGAAUCACAGGACGCCGCGGUGUCUUCCCCAGAUAUAGUGGCGUACAACACAAAUACUGGAGCAUCGGCUGCUGGUGCAUACACCGAAGCUUCAGCAAAGGUGGCAUCGGACACUGGUGGUUCGUCGGAAAGCUCGACAGACAUGGAGAGUCUUACCGGCUCACGCCAAGGAUCAGCCGCGAACGGUAAAACAUUAGGACUUGGACACAAUGACAGCGCAAUCACCGUCGUCACUCAACGCGUAGGAGAGAGUCAACCGGACAGACACGCCAAGCACCUCUCACAGUCGUCCAGUCGAUUCGGCGAUCAGUCGUCUGGCCCAGAAGACACGCAUACAGAUGAUGAGGAACCCGCGAAAUCUGGCACGCUAGAGAGGGUCAGCAAGGCAUUUGCUCCUUAUGUUCCUCUUCGGCGAAAGAGACGCUCACUUUCGCAAUCCUCUUCAUCGUCGUUGGAUGACGACAACUCACCCGAAGGAAAUCCCACUGCAACUGCGGCAGAACCACAUGGAAAGAACGGUGUCCGUGAAGCUAUAAUCCGAAAGUUGUCGUUGGCAAGACAAAGGAGAUGCCGAACUGCUUCUGGGGAAUCGAGUCCCGAUGCCGGAGAUGGAGAGGGCACGACGGGGACAACGACCACUGACGAAUCCGACUCACCUGUUGAUGGAACAUUGCGGCGAACGAGUGCGGUGGAUUCUACACCAGCUAGACUGCUGUAUCAGGAGAUUGCGCACGUAAUGGAGUAUUCGGAAAAGAGAAACAGAUCGUUGCAUCGACUGUUCCCUGAACUACCCGAGAGUGAGACUCAUGUUGAUGACUACAGCUGUGCGCUACAAAAAGAAAUUCUCAUACAUGGUCGUCUCUACCUCACCUCUGAACACUUUUGCUUCAACGCCAACAUCUUUGGAUAUGUGACCAACCUCGUCAUCCCUAUCACGGAUGUUGUGAGCAUUGAGAAGAAGUCUGUAUUGAUCAUUCCCAAUGCUCUGUUGGUGACGCUGAAAGGAAACAAGCAAUAUUUCUUUGCAUCUUUUGUUAAACGCGACGAAGCGUAUCUAAAAAUGCUCACCCUCCUUCACGCUCACCGCAAACUGGACGCACAAUCUACCACAAUAAACCCCGCCGACCCGCAAGAAGCGUCAUCCUCGGCCACACUAAUGGACGAAAUUCCCUCCGACUUGCCCCCACCAAAGGCGCCUCAGCCUGACCAAACCCUUAUCAUGCUUAUCGUCAUCAUCGUGGGUUGGUCGCUUGUCAUGACCCUUACUUCUGGGGUGGUGCUGUGGAGGGUAAAAAAUGUUGUGGGCGGGUUGGAGAUUUUGUCUGGUAUAUUGAAAGACGUGGUACCUAAGGAUAUCGGGCGUACAAUUAGAUAGGUUGAUUCUGGUUCUAUAUUUAUUGGUUGUAGAUAUGAGAGAUGGGAGAGUUUUGGUUAUACCAUGCUACGAUAUGGGUGUAUCUUGUGGAUCUGGAGUGUCCAUAUUUCUAUUCUGGUGGAAUGCCACGAAAUGGGUGUAUCUUUGGGGUGUCCAUACUUCUAUACUAGUUGGUUAGACAUGCCACAAUACGGGGUAUCUUGUGAAUCUGGAGUGUCCAUACUUCUAUACUGCUGGGUUUAGUGGGGUAUUGCAAUUGCUUUGUGUAUCCGACGCGCCUCUAUGUAAAGAGGUCAUUGCAAUAUCAACCUGCAAGUUAUUCAUAUAAGCUACUGCAAAUACUAAUUAUAUUGCAAAGGGUA